AUGGCGCAAGUCACUUCAGCCUCGCGAGCUGGUCGUAUUCGGGAAGAGGAGUGGGAGAGGCACCGCGGCUACAUUCAAUUCCUUUACCUUGAUUUGAAACUGGACCUACAGAAGGUCAUGGAAAUGUUGAAAAGCAAACACGGCUUCUGCGCAACGGAUAAGCAAUACAAGAGGCAGUUUGCAAAAUGGGAUCUUCGGAAAAACAUCACAUCGAAAGAAAUGAAUGCCUUACUCAAUGAUCAAACAGCGAGCCAUAUCGUUCGGGGAUCCCCCGUCCCCCUUCACAAGAUCAACCGAUAUGCUCGCCGGCAUGGUUUGAAGCCGGCCACUCGACACUGUAGCCCGAGCUUGAACCCAAACGCAAUAGCCUCUGCCCCUGGCGCCGAAUCGUCAGGUCCCAAAUUUUUCCAGCGCCUUCAUUGCCAGAAGGAGUUGGUCGUCGAACUGGAAAAACCCAGCCCUUCCCAGCGCCGUCUCUCAGCGUUUGCAAAGGUACAGGCCUUCAGCCACCAGAGGCUUAUAAUAGCCUGCAAAUUUCUUGACGCUAUCCAGCACCGAAAGAUACCAGUGUCGGAAGGGCCUCUCCUGUCUUUGGACAGCUUCUUGGACCGACGUGUGAUACUCUUCACGGCUUUGAAAUUUGCAAAGCAAUACUUAGAAGGCUGGCAAGAGUAUGACUGGACAACGGAUUAUAGUUUGGAUUUAUUGCUGGAGCCUGAGUUUUCGGACAAGGUUGCCACGCUAGAGAGGAAGCUUGGGAAUCUCAACACGAUCGACAAGAACUUUGAUCCGGAUGAACCCUCGGUCCCGGAAUACUUCUCCACUUGCUUUGAUUACAGUGGGUACGUUAUUGUCACUUCAACACCACGAGAACUGUAG